CACGGCUGUAAAAAACAAAUUAUCUUCAUGAAAGUAUUUUCUGUUGAGAAAUCAACUUUCCUUUAAUGCCCCUCCACAAAUAUAUACUCCGUGUAAAUCCCACACUAUCCUCCUCCGCAUUCGUCCCGACGUCGUCCUAAUUUCAACCCCACCACCAUCUCUUGCUCCCUAACUACCUCCGGCGUCCAAAUUCGGCAAUCGCAAUCACCGAUGCCGAUGGAAGCGCCACCGCAGCCCGCCGUUCCUCCUACGAAUUACUGGGGCGAAACGCCGGCGGAGGAGUCUACGCCUCCCGCGGAGUGCGCAACACGCAGUCGUACUUCGAUUCUCCCGGCGGGAGGCUGUUCACGCAGUCGUUCCUGCCGGCGGAGGCGAUCCGGGAGGUGAAGGGGACGGUUUUCAUGACGCACGGCUACGGAUCGGACACCGGGUGGUGCUUCCAGGAGAUCUGCAUAAACUACGCGUCGUGGGGGUACGCCGUGUUCGCCGCCGAUCUGCUCGGACACGGCCGCUCCGACGGGAUCCGGUGCUACAUGGGGGAGAUGGAGAAGGUGGCGUCGGCUUCUCUGAGCUUUUUUAGGAGCGUUAGGUGCGGGGAAGAGUAUAAGAACCUGCCGGCGUUUCUGUUCGGGGAAUCCAUGGGUGGGCUCGUCACCAUGCUCAUGUACCUCCAAUCAGAGCCUGACACGUGGACUGGACUGAUUUUCUCCGCCCCGCUUUUUGUCAUACCCGAGUCCAUGAAGCCCUCCAAGCCACACUUGUUCAUGUACGGGCUAUUAUUUGGGCUGGCGGACACAUGGGCCGCAAUGCCGGACAACAAAUUGGUGGGCAAAGCCAUACGCGAUCCGAAGAAGCUAAAAGUGAUCGCCGGGAACCCAAGAAGGUACACCGGAAAGCCCAGAGUGGGGACGAUGAGGGAGAUCGCGCGGCAAACGGAUUACGUCCAGAACAACUUCCACCGAGUUACAGCGCCGUUUCUGACCCUCCACGGCACCGCUGACGGCGUCACGUGCCCGUCCGGCUCCGAGAUGCUGUACAACAAAGCUAGCAGCGUGGACAAGUCGCUGAAGCUGUACGAUGGGCUUUAUCAUUCGCUGGUGCAGGGUGAGCCCGAUGAGGACGCGGCCCGGGUUUUGGCUGAUAUGCGGGCCUGGAUUGACGAGAAGGCCCAGAAAUAUGUUCCCGUCUUAAAUGGCACUGUUUGAGCAUUUGCGCGAAUAUCCCUUCUCGAUAUAUUCUAAAAAUGUUUUGUGCUCGUGUAUUUGUCCAGUUUAAUAUUUAUCAAUAAAUUAAAUUUAGCUUUGAUUAUUAGUCUUAUACAAAAUUAUAUUACAUGGAUACCAACAUUGCAUACAUAUGAUGAAGCUAAUAUUUGUAUUAUGUGUAGAGUGUUGUAUAAUUUAGUAUAGUUUUAAAAAUUGGAGCAUUAUUGUAAAAAAUACUUCAAAAUUUU